CUGUUGCAUGCUGGGUGGAACUCUGCGGGACGGGGUAGGUAGAAGCAACAAAAUGGCGGCGCUGGAGGAGGGAGGAAAGUACGGACUCUCCUGUUCCCGGCCCGCGGAAACUCCAAAAUCAGCCGUCCUCGUCAGAUUAACCGACUCAGCGCUCAGAGCGCUAGAAGAGUAUCAAACCUUGAAGGGAACUCACCAAAAGCCAAGUAUUCAAUUUAGAAACAAUGAAGGGGUUAUUAUAGUCCCUGUUAGGAAAAGUGCAGACAACCCCCAGGGAACAAAGACUUUUAAAUUCACCCUAUCCUCUGCACAGCAGGGUGUUACAGAGUGUGUGCAACAAGGACGCAGAAGUCUCAGUGAUACCCAGCUACACCAGGUCAACAAUAUUCAGCAGAAGCUGACCGUCCACGCCACAGAGGACGUGUAUCAAACCACCAGACAACGGGUCACUCAGGUCGAGGAGGAGUGGAAGAAAAACCAGACUAAAGUAUUGGAUAAACUAGGACCAAAAAUAGGAAGGAAAGUAAAGAUCAAACAUCCCAGCCAGCCCAUCCCACCAAGCCGCAAACACACCAAAAGUGCCAUUCAUAGCUCCUCCUUCAACAGGAUUCAGAAACAGUCUGCCAAACGGUCUUUACACAGUGUUAGUACUACCAGUAAACCUAGUUCCUCUGUGAAUAGCUCCAGAAAUAACCAUGAGAGACAGACUGCUGUAUCCAAGAGACCAUGCAGAUCUGUUGUGCCUGUUAAUAGGGAGAGAGUCAUCCACCUUUUGGCCAUGAAGCCUUACAAGAAACCUGAGCUCAUCUUGAGACUGAAUAAAGACGGCAUCAGUGACAAGACGUUAUUGCCAGACAUUCUCAAAGAGAUAGCAACAUUAGGUAAGGAUGACAACUACACGCUGAAUAAAACUGCCUUUAGUGAUGUCCAGGAAGACUGGCCAUUCUACACCAGUGAGGAGAGGCAACUUGUAAAAAGGCGACUUGCCCAGAUGCGACAGUCCCCCUCAUGUUCCCCGACGACCACCACCCAUGACAGUCCACCGUCCCUCCAAGGUUCUUCUUCUCAGCAGACCGUCCAGGCCUCCAAACGCCCCCUUGACAGUCUGGACCAGCAAGUCGCCGCCAAGAAGCCACGGGUCAGGAUCAGUGCAAAUACAGGCGCCUUGGGCAGCCAGAACUGUGCAAUAAACUCACAGGCAUUCCCAGUGCAAAGUAACGAAGCCACUUCUACACAGUCCACACCAAGUCCAGACUCCCAGGUGGACGACAGGUUUGAUGUGAAAGCAUUUGACAAGAAAGAGGAGGAGAGGGCGCAGCGGAAAAGGGAAAAGACUAAAGCCAUCAGGAGUGCCAAUGGCAAAGAUGGGAAAGUUAAAGAUGUGCCGUCAUCCCCAAGUGCCAAUGAACAAUCCGUUGCCACCUCCACUUCAGAGAUGCCUACGUAUAUCAGUCAUUAUCCACCAAUCUCGAAAUAUGACCAACGCCAAUCCUACAAGAUGGACUUCAACAGGGAGUAUGAAGAGUACAAGCAGUUGUAUGCAAACAUACAGAAGGUGUCCCAGAGAUUCAGCAACCUGGAGGCAGAGCUACGAAAGCUGCCCGAAGGAAGCAAUAACUACAAGAGAAUACAGAAACAAGUCCUGCAGGAGUAUGACAAGAUACAAGUUGACCAGAAGUACCAGGACCAGAAGAGAAGGUGGAAGGAUCUCCAUGCCAAACUGGCACACAUCAAGAAUUGUAUACUAGAAUAUGACAGGGCCAACUUUCCCUGUACAUAGCCAGACUGCACAACAUAUCUCCUGUUCAUGGACUUGGAUGUGGAAAUAAGGACUGAAUAAUUAUGGCAUUACACUCCACUGGUCUCAUUACUUCCCACAAAUCCUCAUGAAAAGAUCAUAUUGGUGCAUCACUUUGAAUGAACAUUAACAUUGACAAAGAUAGAACAUGACCAGUUCGAUAAAAAUACGGGCAUAGUCAUGCAUCUGUGGAUUUUCCUAGUGAAGUCCCUCAUUUGUUGUGGCAUGACUCUUGUCUGCAAGGCUAACUGCAAGUGUCAGAAAAGUUGACAUCAAUGCUACCGUCCAUAAGCUUAUGAAUCAAUUCAUUCAGUGACUGCUGCAUGAAGUGAGUCCCUGCGUCUCCCUGGGUGAAUAAGUGAGGAAUAUUUAUGAGGGAUGCAGUGCCAGGUCCUGUCACUUGGGAAGUGGAAGUAGAGAUGUUCAGUGGAGUGUGAUGCCUGCGAGGACUUGGACUUACCCCUGUGUCGCACACUGUGGCCUCAAGGAGUCGGCCUGCCGGGAAAGUCUCUCAGGUGAAGAUGUUAAAUGCAGAGCCUGUACUGAAGGCAUAAAAACUGGGAGGUUGCACAAUCUUCCUGUCAAAGUGGAGUCAGUCAUGUGUUCAAACUUUGCUGCCCCAUCCAAAAACACUUGCAGUUCAGUGGUUUACAAUCAGUGCCUGGCCUUCCUACUGACUACUGAUGAUUGGUAUCAUCUGACAUCACCUGUAAUGUGGCUAAUACAUUCUCCACAACUAGGUAGCUGAGACAAGGCAAUGAAUAAAGGAAAAGAUGUUAAUGAUGUGCUACUGUAGCUAAGCCUAUUGCGAGACAUUUUGGUAGGGCAGUAAUUUUGAAUGAAGGCACUUCUGUCUCCAUAUCCAAAUGAAAGAAAGGAUGUCUUGCAAACUGUGAGGAAAGUGCCAAAACUCACAAAGCCAACAACAAACUUAAAGGAGCACCACAGGUUCCUUUUUUUAUUCUAAGGUCAGCCAGGUGGCAGGAAGUUGUGAAACCUUGAGGUGACAGUGUGUGGCACAGUCCCAAAAAAGUACUAUUUGCUUUUGCUGCUGCAAUUAAUUGAUAUCCAAGUACAAUGUAUUAAUAUUAUUGUUAUCUGUAAUAACUAGGUAUAUUUAAUAUGUAAAUACACUAGACCAACAGGGCUAUGUCUCUGUCAAUGUACCCCUGAGCAGUAUUCUCCCUCCUCAAACUGUUGCGUUGAGAGGAUUUUUUUCUUUCCUUUUUUUUAAGUGUACAUGACCUUGCACAGGUAGCAAUUCCACAUGGAUGAUUGCAGUAAUCAGAAAACUGGAUGCACGAAAGUGGUCUGUUAAGUGCAGAUGAGAAACCCUUGCCCACAAGCAGGUUUCUUCAUACUUGAAUAUGUUGAUCUAAGGCAUACGGAAAAAGUAGAUCUUAAGCCCCCAGAUGGUUCCUUUGUACAGUUUCCAAUCAUGGCAGGUUUUGCAUAACAUAAGUUCAGAAGGGAGCAGGAUCUGUUCCACCAGGCAACUUUCUUAAUUCAGCUGAAGCAGCAAUCUCUGCUUGAACCUGGGGCAAUAACGUGGCUGGAAUUCCCCUGGUGGACAACUUUUCAUAAAGUUGUUACACCUUUCCAAGGCCAUGUUUGGACUGCAUUUCAGCAGGGUGUUUCCCUGCGGAAUGUGCAUGCCAUGCAGUACCCCACUUCAGGCUAUGCCCACUCCACCAACUCAGCCUAAAAUGUUUUUCUGUAUGCAUAAGUGUCCUCCAGACUCCUGCAAAAAAGGAAUUGGAUGUUGCUGUCCUCUACUUCUUACUCUCAACACAGUUGCUGGGGAGCAUAGUUUACCAUGAUGCAGUUGCUUAACCACAGAAAACAUGGGGAACAGUGCUGUUUGGAUGUCCUGCACCUCUCGACAGCAUUGUGUACCAAUUCAGUGUGUCACCCUGCAAAUUUAUGCAUGUAGAUGAACCAUUGCUUUAUACUACAUGUGCCUGCAUGUAUUACAUGUUCCUUUUGAAAUCUUGGCCCAUUUUUAUUUUGUUGAUAUAUUCUUUUGACUGUAAACUUUAGCAUAUCAGCCAUCUCUGUAUCCUAAAACCUUGAAGUAUGGCAGAAUUUUAUGGUCUGUAGCAAAGUUUCCCCUAUCAAAGAGGACUUUCAUCCUCACAGAAACACUCCAAAUGGAACCAGUCAAAAAGAGUGCUGAGCCAGUGCCAUAAAGAUUUUGCCAGAAAAUUGUUUGGCAUUUGUGGAGAAGCUUAUGUUGCAAAUGAGUGAUUUGAUGUCUCAUUUCCGCACAUUUUAUGAUUGUGUGCAGCCAGACUCUGCCGUAAAAUGUGCCAGGCCUCACAUGGGUGAACAUAUCGUUAGCUGUAAAACUAAUUCUUCUGCAGUGGCAACAGUAAAAACAUUCCUGUAACUGCUCUGAGAUUAAUACUGUGUUCCCCUCGGAACCAUAUUUCACUUGCCAUCAACCAAAUUGCCACAUGGGAAAGCCUGGUAGUCUGUUUGAUAUGAUUUGGAAACUGUCCAAAUACGAGGGCCUUCUUCCCCAUCAAGACCUUGCACAUGACUUUCAAUUUGUCCAGCAGGCCACCAAUGGCUAACGGUUGACAUUCUUUGCUCAUGCUUACAGGAACUGAAUUUCACUUCUUUAAUAGGCAAAAAUUCAAAAGCAACAUUCCCACAGAAAGCUAUACUAUUCCAGAAUUGUAAUUCCUUGCAUCAAGGAGGUCCUGUUCAACUUGCUUUACUAUGAAAAUGUAAGGCUCACUUUAGCAUGGUGGUGUUUUCCUCUUGGUGUUGGUUUCAAGGCACAUUUUUGGCCUGUUGAUUUGGCCUUUUAUAAUGUGAAAUCUCUGAUAUUGGCUGUGUUUAGCAGAGUUGUACCUGAGGUACCUGCACAUCUCUGUCCUAACCAGUUUUAAGUGGAAAAUGGAGUGAUGUAAAAUAGCCAUGACAUUGCUGUAAUCACUAGCCCUGUGGGGGGUGCGGAAGGAUGCUUUCCUCAUACACUUCUUAAAUCCACUUUCACAGCAGGCAAUCACUAUUUAUAGAGAAGAGUUUUUUUCUAAGUUUGUGUAGAUGAAGGGUGAUACUUGAACAUGUGUGGGUGCUGUGCAUGUAGUGUGGGAGGAAUCAGGUCUUCCCGUGCACUAACAUGUUUGAAUUAUGUGAAGUGUUUGGCGUAUCAUUCUAGUGUAGACAUCCCAGAAUGGACCAGCACAGACUGAGACUUGUUUCCACUUCCAUGCCUGGUCUCUGUAAGGUGUCCAGUUUAGAUUCUUAGACCAAGACUUCAUAAAAUGAAAUGUUAGACCCUCUCCUGUUAUCUGGAUUUCCUUAACAUCUGUCUAGUCUGCUUCAUUCCUGCUUCAAUUACAUCAAGGACUUCAUAGAAAAAUAUUCUGCACUAAUCAUUAAGUUAGGAAGUUAGUCAAAGGUGCAUUGGACUUUGUGUAAAAAAAAAAACAGCCUCUCAAAAUUUCAGUCAUUGCUCAGGCCAUAUAGAGACCCUGCUGAAAGAAAAAUGAUACAAAAAAGAAUGACACGGGCCCAGAAAAAGACCAAACAAGGAAAACAUAUGAAAGGAAAGAAAAUCAUCUGUAAAGUGCCGUCUGAAAAGUUAUACUGUAUGGCCACAACAGGAGUUUUAGCAAGGGCAGAAUGCAGUGGUUUUUUUAUAACAUGGAGCCUAUAGAUUAGUUUUUGCAGACUUUCUAAACUGUUCAACCCCCCACCCCCUUUGUGAUGCAGACCAUGCAUGAAGCAAAAAUAGCGGUGGCACCCCAGAAGUAAAGAACAAAUGUGUGAUUAUGCCAAAUGUAGUCUGAAAAGCAUGAGGGAUAGAUAGCAAAGCCACCGAGUUGGGGCGCAGCAGAAUAUUGGGGCAAAAGUGCAUGGACAUGAGGAAAUUUAUUCCCCAUCACAUUGAGCCUGAUACUUCCUGGUGCCACAUCAGAAGUUCUACAUAGGCCUUGCAACUUAUCUUCAGACUGCACGCUCUGUUAGUGAUGUAGAUAUCACCUACUUAGUCAUCCAGGCUAAGCUGGGGGAUACUUUGCUAUGCCAUCGGUGUGAUCUUAAUUUGCAAAUUGAUUGGAUCCUCAAGUCGUUUUGUGUUCGAAGGAGCUCCAUUGUUCGUCAGCGAUGGUGAAUCUGAAAAAUAGAAUUUGAUUUGAAUUGUAUUGUGUUGGAAAAGGUAUGCUAAAUUAGCAAACUUUUGUCAAAGACAAGUAACAAAGGAUAUUCUAUUUCUUGUCAUCUUUAAGUCUGAGAAAUGACUAUGUAUUUACCUGUUGAUUUCUGUUGUUAGUAACCAGUUAGCACCUUGUUUGAAGAAAAUGGCAUAUACAAAUGCCAGACUUGACUUGACCAGCUCUGUUUUGCUUGUGACUCUAAUUAUGCAAAUAAAUAACGAACCAGUGGCUUCUUAUUUUCAGAUUAUUGCUUCCUUUCACUACUGACAUAACAAGUUCAAGCGUUAUGUCUGUUUAUGUUACAAAUUAAUUGAGACUUUAAUUUAAAAUUAAUGUUAUGAAAGUUUAAGCAAGGAAAUCAGGAAAACACACCUGACCAUUCUUAUGUAACCAUUUCAGUAUUCCAUACCCAUCUAACGAUAACCUUUCGUCCUCUUUUUAAGGUGAAAGAUAACCAUUUUAUUGACAUGUAUAUGUGACAAAAGCUUCUGCAAUAAAGGCGAGAAAUGAGCAGUUC